AUGCAGCUGCUGACGUCAGCGAAUAUGAAGCCUAAGCUGCGUCAAGUCUUUUUGUCGGCGGCCACUACGUACGGGCAGUUCUUGGAAGUCGCGAAGGCACUCGAGCCCUCGCCAUCAGUCCUCGCCUUUUCGGCGUCCACCCCAUCACCUUCCCCCCAACCCUUGCCGGAGUCAUCCGACAGCGCUGAGGCUGGUGGCACAGCCGCAUUCUACCUGGACAAGAUGCAGCACACCUUCAAGGAGGCAAAGCGUUACUACAGCAGCACUCCGUUUGAUCAGCGCUGGGAUGACAUCCUCAGCUCCCUCGCCGUACUUGGUCGCAUGUCACGCGGCAAUAGGGUAGUUCCAUUCCACGACAGCGCAAUGGCAUUCGAGAGUAUGUGGGCCGCUGUCAAGGGAGCCAAAGAGCGGGUGCACUGGCAAACAUACAUCUGCAAAGACGACUUCAUUGGUCAAGGAACAGUACGUCGACUCGUGCAGGCUCACCAGCGCGGCUGCGACACGGAGCUCCUGUACGACUGCGGUGGUAACAUCUCAGGGCGCGCGCGGCUGACAGGGGAACUAAAGCUGUGCGGCGCCAAGGUGAUCCCGUACCGUCCCUUCUUCCGUAGUGUCGCCACUUACUUUAUCAAAGGCCUAGACUGGCGGCGCAGCCCUGGACUUCGCAACCAUCGUAAAAUCUUGCUGGUGGACACGUGUCAAGGGUUCUGCGGCGGAUUGAACGUCGGCAAUGAGUACUGCGGCAAGGCAGCGGGAGGCACCGGCAAGUUCCGCGACACGCACUGCGGCGUCGUUGGCCCAGCCGCGGCACACCUUGCCGAAGUUUACAGGGACACAAAGCAGCCACACCCCUGGAAAUACGGGUGGCGGCGCUGGAGGCAGAUUGCCUCCCAACAAAUCACGCGUCGCGUGAAGCAGGGACGGAUGCGCAUGGAGCGCAACGGACUGUACCGUGCUUUUCAGGAGGAGCGCGGCCGAAGUGGUCGACGCUUGCAGAACGUGUCAUCGGCUUCGAUGAAGGUCAUGCGCAGGCGAUGGCACAAGCAGAAGAAUCAACUUCUAACUUUGAUGCAGUGGAGUCGGGCAAGGUUGUCGUCCAAUGUCCUUCUCGGCCACGAGGCGUUGCGCCACACACAGGAGCAAUCCGACGUGCGCCUAGACGGAAAAGAGGCAAAUGUGAAGGUGGGGACGGUUGUCAACGGGGCUGAUUCCCAUAAAUCUAACGUAAAAGCCGCCUGCCAAGCACCUGGUCUCUUCGCCGUCAAGGAUGCCAACGAUGGUGAAACCGCAUCAGCCUCUCUAUUCUCGUGCGAGUUGUCCACCUCGUCUGCUGGCCCACGUGAAGCGGCCCGGGCAUGGCCGUCGUCGCCGCUGCAAAGCAGCGACGGGAAGCUGAACGCACCGCUCAGUUCUGCGAUGCGGCGCAAACUGUUGGCGGCGCGGCGUGAGGCACUCUAUCGGGCCACUGAUCUUCCGCACAAGCGCACCUAUACCGACAUGCUGCGACAAGUACCGAUUCUGGAUACGGAACCGGUCCCUGAGGCAGAGAUGUACCUCCAACACCGCGAGCCCAUAACGCAAGUGCUCUCCUGCAACCCGCGCUACCGCGACUACUCCAUUCAGUACGCCUUUUGGCAAGUGACUCGUAAGUGUCAUCGCCGCAUCUGGAUCACAACGCCCUACUACCUUCCAACGAGGAAGCUAUUCAGUGCCCUUAUCCAGGCCGCGCGUCGCGGCGUGGAUGUGCGUCUUCUCGCCGGCAGCAACCAAACAACGGACCCAUGGUUUAUGUGGCACGCGUCGAACUACAUCACAGAGAAACUCCUCAGGGCCGGGGUGAAGAUCUACGAAUUCAAAGGACAGCAAAUCAUGCACGCCAAGACGGUGGUUGUGGACAGCGUGUGGAGCUCUAUUGGAAGCUACAACUGGGAUUUGAUGAGCAACCGCAACCUAGAGGUGUGUCUGUGCCACCUCGAUCUCGAGGUAGCUCACUCGAUGGAGACCCAGUUCCUACGGGACCUCACGCAGAGUGUGGAGGUACGGCUGGAAGAUCACAAGCAACGGUCGCGCUGGCUGCGCUUCACAUCGUGGCUUUUCUACAACUUUGUCUUCCUUCUCGACCGCAUCACUUUCCGCUCCUUCGCGAACGAGGAUGUUGUGGACGUGCCAGGGGCUCCGUGA